AUGAGUGCUACUGAAACUCGAGCCAAUUUUGAGAUUGAAACGUCUGAAGUCCCGACUGAUGAUAAUGAACACGAGAACCUUCCGGAUAUUUCUGAAGUGAUCGAAUUCUUUGGGCUCGACGAAGCAGCUUUGCGAGCCGGACAAGAGGCUUGCUUAGAUCGACACAAUGAGAAGCGCGCGCUUCACCAAAGUACCAAAGACAUGAAGCUCGACAAAAAUUUGACUGACGACGCGCAAAAAUGGGCCGAAAAAAUCGCUCGCGGCGAUGCGACCGGAUACGAUCCAGACACAAUCUGUGGCGAAAACAUUUCAAUCAUUCCCUUUGAGAGCGAAUUGCCUUACUUGACUCAAGGAGACUACGUUGGUGUCGCACGAUUCGCCGUCGACACCUGGUACAACCAGGUCAGCAAUUACGACUUUCCGCAGCAUACAAAGAAGAAUCCGAACGGCAUCACCGUCUCCAGCUUUGUCCAAACAAUCUGGAAAAUUUCAACGUAUUUGGGCGUCGGAAUCGCCCUCAAACCUGAUGGAUCAGAAGUCGUCGUUGUUUGCCGAUACUUACAAAAGGGCAAUAUCGAAGGCAAUCGACCUCAGCAAGUCGGACAAUUGAAACAAUAA